AUGACAACGAACUCUGGACCAGAUUCCAAGCAUGGAGGGCCACUCGAGGUCGAACACAGCGAAAAGUCGGACAAGGGAGAGGCCAUCGUCUCCGGCGACUACUCUGGCGCGGAAGAGAAAACCGACCCAGUGGAGAUUGCCCUUGUCCGCAAACUCGAUCGCAGAAUCAUGCUCGACCGAAAUGCCCUGCCACAAGCUCGACUCAACACCCUGGAGGAGGAUCUGGGACUCAAGGGAGUCGAAUACAACACUGCCAUUUCGAUCCUUUUUGUUGGCUACCUAUUGAUGCAAGUGCCGUCAAACAUGUUUUUGACCCGUACAAGACCCUCGAUCUAUAUGUCAACCUGCAUGAUCGGCUGGGCUGCCGUCUCUGCCGCUACUGCGGGAGUCAGAAACUACUCCGGCUUGGUCGCCUGUCGCUUUUUUCUCGGGUUUGUUGAAGCACCUUUCUACCCGGGUGCUCUCUACCUGUUGUCGAUCUUCUACACCCGAAAGGAGCUUGCGACUCGAAUCUCUCUCUUGUAUACUGGACAAGUCGUCAGCACUGGUUGUUCUGGUUUGAUCGCGGCUGCCACAUUUUCCACUUUGGAUCAAGUGAAAGGCAUCGCCGGCUGGCAAUGGCUCUUCAUCAUCGAGGGCUCGGUCACCGCUCUGGUCGCCGUCUUCGGCUUUUUUCUCCUUCCCGAUGAUCCUUCUGUCACUCGCUGGUUGACCGAAGACGAACGAAAGCUUGCGGUCGAUCGCAUUCGUCGCGACACAGUUGGCCAACAAGAGCGCGGCUCUACCUGGGAUGGUCUCAAGCAAGCCUGCAAGGAUCCAAAGACCUGGCUUUUUUGUUUUAUGCAAAACACGCAUAUCUCGGCGUGUUCUUUCAACAACUUUUUCCCCACAAUCGUCCGUACCAUGGGAUUUCGAUCUACGACGGCUCUUCUGCUCACCGCUCCUCCCUAUUUUGUUUCUGGUUUCCUUGGAAUUCCUUUCGCCUGGUCCAGCGGAAAGCUCAACGAAAGGACGUGGCACAUUACUGCCGGCCUAUCUCUCGCCAUCGUGGGCUUCGCCAUGAGCUGCGGUAGCACCAACAAUGUCGUUAGGUAUGUGGCGACGUUCUUGUAUGCGACGGGAGCAUACAGUGUAGGAAGUGUAAUUCUGGGCUGGGUUAGCAACACCUUGUCACAAACUCCCGAGAAGAAAGCGGUCGCCUACUCUCUCGUCAACGUGACGGCCAACCUAGCGUACAUCUACUGCGCCUAUCUUUGGCCCAGCACCGAUGGGCCCAAGUACAUGAUGGGCUUCUCGAGCAUGAUCGCGUUCGCUGCCACCAGCAUCAUGUGCGCCUGGGCAAUGAGGUUCUGGCUGAUUAGGACUAACAAGAAGAUUCGGGAGAGCGAAGAUGAAAACGUCAAACUGUACGCGUAUUGA